AUGAAGGGCGCUUUGUUGUUGACCGCAGCUGGGCUGCUCGGCUCCGCCCAGGCUGGCGGUGUCCACUCGUUGAAGCUGAAGAAGGUCCCUCUUGCGAAGCAGCUGGAGUCGAUCCCCAUCGAUGCCCAGGUUCGCGGACUCAGCCAGAAAUACAUGGGCGGCCGCCCUGAGACUCAUGCCGAUGCCAUGUUCAAGAACACGGCUGCAAGCAUCGAGGCUAACCACCCGGUGCCUGUCAGCAACUUUAUGAACGCACAGUACUUUGCUGAGAUCUCCAUUGGCACUCCGCCCCAGAGCUUCAAGGUUGUCCUUGACACCGGCAGCUCGAACUUGUGGGUUCCCUCGCGCGAGUGCGGUUCCAUCGCCUGCUAUCUUCACUCCAAGUAUGAUUCGAGCGCCUCGUCGAGCUACAAGGCCAACGGCUCGUCGUUCGCCAUCCAGUACGGUUCUGGCAGCCUGAGCGGCUUCGUGUCUCAGGACACUGUCUCCAUUGGCAACCUCAAGAUCGCUAAGCAGGACUUCGCCGAGGCUACCGAGGAGCCCGGUCUGGCCUUCGCCUUUGGCCGCUUCGACGGCAUUCUGGGCCUCGGCUACGACACCAUCUCGGUGAACAAGGUCGUGCCCCCCUUUUACAACAUGAUUAACCAGGAGUUGAUUGAUUCGGGUGUCUUUGCCUUCUACCUGGGUUACUCUGACGACGGCAACGACUCCGAGGCUGUGUUUGGUGGUGUCAACAAGGACCACUACACCGGCAAGAUUACUACCAUUCCCCUGCGCCGCAAGGCCUACUGGGAGGUCGACCUUGACUCCAUCGCUCUUGGCGAGGACGUUGCUGAGCUCGACAACACCGGUGUGAUCCUGGACACCGGCACCUCGCUGAUUGCCCUCCCCUCCAACCUGGCCGAGAUGCUCAACACCCAGAUUGGCGCCAAGAAGGGCUACAACGGCCAGUACUCCAUUGACUGCAGCAAGAAGGCCAGUCUCCCGGACGUCACCUUUACCCUGAGCGGCCACAACUUCAGCCUGCCUGCGUCGGACUACAUUUUGGAGGUGUCGGGCAGCUGCAUUUCGACCUUCAUGGGCAUGGACUUCCCGGAGCCGACCGGCCCGCUGGCCAUCCUCGGUGACGCCUUCCUGCGCCGCUACUACUCUAUCUAUGAUCUUGACAACAACACUGUUGGCUUGGCCCUGGCUAAGAAAUAA